UGUUUUUUACCAGUCGUACUUUGGGCGUUGGGCAUCAGUCAAGAGAAAUGUGAUGGAGUAUGAUUCAAAGGAAAAUCUCCUUACUGAAAACGUGCAAACAUGCAAUAAACAUUCGCCUUUAUCCUGGAUUAGCUUAUUCAGGCUGUGAAACACUAGGCAAAGGCGAUUAAAAGUAAGACUGAAUUCACGACUAUCAUAAGUUUACACAACUACAAAACUGCACACUUAUGGAACAACAGAACAUUUUCCUACCUUGUUGCACGUUCUUGAAAAAGCGUAAUGAUUUUAAUUGUUUGCUCUGUUUAGCCACAGUCGUUAGGUACUACAUCAGCUAUGGAGACGGGCCUUGGUUUAUCUGAUGUCCAGUUAGAAGCUGCAGAUUUAUGGAUACCAGGGUUUGACGGUCAGGAAUACAAUCAUGAACAGUGGUUGACCAGACUAGCCUGCACAUUGAUCGAAAGUGGUUUUGUCCAGGAUGAAAUUCUUCUUAUAUUAUCUCCCAUGUGUAAAACAAAGGUAGAGUUUACAGAACAUGUAUUUCCGUACCUGAUCCAUAACAUGCUAGAAUGUGGUAAUGAUGCCAUCAGGACAACUUUGUCUGGACAGUUCAGAAAUUUCUUCAGCCACUGCAAUGGAUCAAGUGUCUCUCCAAGUAGGGCCAACUCCCCAUUACCAACAGUGGUGUCAUCUUCAAGCUCCAGUGGAGUGAAGAAGGAAAGUGUGCGAACAAUGCUGGCCGUUGUUACGUAUCUACGUACACAGAAUGUACCUAAAAAGGGACGUGGCCAGGGCACUUUGUGGGACAACAAUUUCUGGCUGGACUUGGAUUACUUGGAAGUUGCCUCAGCAGCUCAGAGAUGUUCUGCAUAUUUCACAGCUCUCCUUUACACUGAAAUAUGGGCCGACAUACAAAAAUCCAAUCCGGAUUCCCCAGUGUCCAUUUCGCUGCCAUCUAACAGUCAGAAUUUAGAAAUGGAAAUUGCUACGAGUCAAAGCAGUGAUGAGAGCCUGAGUACUAGUUAUCAGACCCUUGUUCUUGAGGCGUAUGGAUCUAUCGGCGAACCGGACAGCGUGUAUGGUGCCGGAGCAGGCCGACUGGCUGAUAUAGAUUCCAGGGUUCGGACAUACAUGCAUGAGCAAGCUUGGGAUAAGGCACUUGGUGCUUGUGACCUUCGAAUGCAGAACAUUUCUGGUUCAUCACAAACUGGACUAUUGCAGUCAAUGAAGAACUUUGGUCUAGAUCAUGUAAUGAGGAUGUACCUAAAGGGUCUGUCAUCUGAGAACCCACAGGCAACAGCCGAGGUAGCAGAGUUACAGUAUGAGUCUGCUUGGCAGAAUUGUGUGUGGGAUUUGGACACAAGUACCAGUGUUGGCUCGGAUACAACUCAAGGAUUUCACCAGUCCUUGUACAGCUGCUUGUGUGCCUUGCAAGAAGAAGAAUGGGAACUCUUUCAGUGCACACUGGACAAUGCAAAAUCACAUGUCAUGGACGACAUAGCGCAUGUCAGUCUGGAGAGCGUGCGCAGUGUGUAUCCCUCAUUGUCACGGCUGCAGUGCAUUGUGGAAUUGGAGAAUUUUGGGAGUAUAAUUAACGGCACGGAAGACAGCUUGGUCGAUAUUUGGAAUGAGCGCUUUCCACUUCCUGACAAUGAUUUUGAAUUCUUGGAGCCUGUGCUUGCUUUACGUACCUCCAUGCUGCAAACUCUGGUUACACUGAGAAGGCUUAAAAGCCACAGUCCAGAAAAAUUGGCACGAGCUUACAAGGAUCUUGCCAUUCAUCUAGAGAUGCAGGCAAAGAGAGCGCGCUGGUCGCACAAUCCACAGGUUGCUGAGAAAGCGCUGUUUCGAUUAAGACAACUGCAAGGUGAUAUCACCGAGAUACAAAGUCGGCUUGGAGGGAGGGACCUUGGGGUGUCUUGGUCCUGGAAAAUGGAGGAAGCAAAAUUACGUUGGGCACGAGGUGAACAGGACACAGCUAUGUACCUACUGAAGUCCCUAACCAGGAACCUUGAACAGGUUCAGGAUCAGAGCGCGGAGGUGAUUAAUCUUUAUCCGCAAGCAUUGGGACUGUAUGGUACCUGGCUGGCAGAAUCAAAAUCUGAGAAUCCAAACACUAUAAUCGAAAAGUACUUAGAGAAGGCCGCUUGUCUAAUGGAUUGCAUGGAAGGGACUAAUCAAGCCUCCAAAAUCGAGGCCUUCCUGUCGCUUGCAUGGUUUGCUGAUACUCAAUACCAGAAGAAGGUGGACUUCAUGAGUUCGAGUAUUUACGAAAAUAAGGAGAACUUGAUGAAGAAAUCCAAGGUGGAGUCAGAAAAGCUGCAGCAGAUGUAUGAAUCCGGUAAAGACAGGUACACUAGAACGCUGAAUCUACAGGCACAAAUGGAUGAGAGAGAGCUUCAGCAAGUAGCUGAGGAUAAGCGGACGUUUUUGAAGACUGCUGUGGAAUAUUACAUCAAAACGCUGGAAACUGGGGAUAAGUAUGACAUGAGGGUGUUCAGACUAUGCUCUCUGUGGUUCGACAAUGCCAACGAGGAGGAUGUCUCCGAGAUGGUAAAGAGAGGGCUGAUGAAGAUUCAGUCGCGCAAGUUUCUUCCUUUGAUGUACCAGCUGGCAGCCAGACUCGGGACAAAGUCACACGAUAAUCGCUUGUUCCAGGGAAUUCUUAACGAGCUGAUUGAACGGACCGCAGUGGAUCAUCCUCACCACACGUUGUUCAUCUUACUGGCGCUCGCAAACGCCGAGAAAGACGACAAGUAUCUCACUGCUGGCAAGAAAAACACUUCAAGGCUGACGAGGAAUAACUCCAAAGGAGGAGCAAAGGGAUUCACAGAAGCCCGUAUACAAACAGCUUCCACAUUGAUCGAAAGGAUUGGACAGAAGAAGCGAGAACUUGUAAAGCACAUGCAGUUAUUGUGUGAAGCUUACAUUGAACUUGCCUAUGUCAAUGUCACACAUCUCAAGAACGAGAGAGGUCCUUUUAACCUGCCAGAUGCCACGAUUAAAAGGAUCUCAAACCUCAAAGAAGUACCUGUUCCCACUUUGGAAGUUAAGGUGGACCCAUUGUGUCGGUAUUAUGACCUUGUUCAUGUUGUGGGAUUUGACUCCAAGUUUUGUCUUGCCGGAGGGGUUAACCUUCCUAAGAUCAUCUUUUGUGUCGGAUCUGAUGGAAUCAAACGACGGCAGCUGGUGAAGGGUAGAGACGAUUUACGCCAGGACGCUGUCAUGGAGCAAGUGUUCGGUAUGGUGAACCAGCUACUGAUAAAGAACUCUGAAACAAGGAAAAGGAAACUAAAGAUGAAAACUUACAAGGUUAUCCCAUUGUCUCAGCGUAGUGGUAUAGUGGAAUGGUGCGAGGACACAGUUCCUUUGGGAGAGUAUCUGAUUGGUCGGCCAGGGACUAAGACGGGCGCUCAUCCGAGAUACUAUCCAGGAGACUGGACAUCACUCGACUGUCGGAAAAAGAUCCAGGCAGGUGAUAAAAAUGGAAGACCAAGACAUGAGGUUUAUCAGGAGCUCAUGGAGCAUUUUCAUCCUGUAUUUCGGCACUUCUUUCUGGAGAGGUUCCCAGACCCUGCCGUGUGGUUCGAGAGGAGACUAAGUUACACUCGAGGAGUGGCAACAUCGUCUAUUGUUGGUUAUGUGGUUGGUCUUGGCGACCGUCACGUGCAGAACAUCCUUGUUGACUGCAACACAGCGGAACUUGUUCACAUUGAUUUGGGAGUGGCAUUUGAGCAAGGGAAGUUUCUACCCACUCCUGAGACUGUGCCGUUUCGCUUGACGCGUGACAUGGUGGAUGGGAUGGGGUUGACAGGUGUGGAGGGGGUGUACAGGCGCUGCUGUGAGAAGACAAUGGAGGUCAUGAGAACGUCACAGGAAUCCCUUAUGACUGUUGUGGAGGUUUUGCUCUAUGACCCGUUAUCAUCAUGGACACUGGGUCCAGAAAAGAGAAAAGCUCUCCAACAGAAGGCCGAAGAAGAUGAUCUACCUUCCGUCAGUGCUGUUGGGGACUGCCUGGAUUCAACGACAGCCACUGAAAAUCUCGCCGUCGAGGACAAUGUAAAUAAGAUGGCGAAGAGAAUGCUGUUAAGACUCAAGCAGAAACUAGAUGGUGUUGAAGAUGGUGUUCAUUUGAGUGUGUCAGGACAAGUGAAUCACCUCAUACGCGAAGCCAUGGACCCUAAGAAUCUGUGUCGCCUCUUUCCUGGGUGGCAGCCAUGGGUGUAAACUGACGUGCUCCAUCUUCACUGUCACUCAGAUACUUGUAUUACUGCCUAACACCUUCAAAAAUAGGCAUUGAUGGGUGUGGUCUCGCUGUAUGCUUGGCAAAUGAUGCCUAACCUUUCCAGUCCAGAAAUCGGCAUGAGAACUCAGACAACUCUGAACUUGGCACUCAAGAAGCUUAACGCGCUAAAAUUGUUCUAGUUAAACUGAAGUAAUUCCAGUUCAGUUGAUUAAUCGUGGUGGGUUUUUU